UAUUCCGGGGGGGGGGUCUACUGUUAUUUCCCAUUUAUAGAUGCCUAUUCUCCGUUUUUUUUUCUCUCUCUCUCCGCGUCCGUCGCGCCUCCCUCCAUCGCCCUUGAAUGUUGGGAGAUGUGUCAGGAGCUUUUUAGGGCAACACGAUCUCAACAAAAAAAGAGUGAGGAAAGUCUUCUGGCCAGUCGUGGUUGUGUACCUGAGCGGAGUGGUGUGACACAGGCCAGAAGGGACCCGCAGACAUGGAUGACGUGUAUAAAGCAGCGGUUGAGAACUUGACAGAAGAACAGAAAAAUGAGUUCAAGGCCGCCUUUGACAUCUUCAUCCAGGAUGCUGAGGAUGGCUGCAUCAGCACCAAAGAGUUGGGGAAAGUCAUGAGGAUGCUGGGACAGAAUCCGACCCCCGAGGAGUUACAGGAGAUGAUCGACGAGGUGGAUGAAGACGGCAGUGGAACAGUAGACUUUGAUGAAUUCCUGGUUAUGAUGGUCCGCUGCAUGAAGGAGGAGAGCAAAGGAAAGUCAGAGGAGGAGUUGGCUGAACUCUUCCGGAUGUUCGACAAGAACGGAGACGGAUACAUAGACCUAGAUGAGCUGAAGGCCAUGCUGGAGUCCACCGGAGAGGCCAUCACUGAAGACGACAUAGAGGAGCUGAUGAAAGAUGGAGAUAAAAACAACGACGGCAAAAUUGAUUAUGAUGUAUUGACGAGUCCCAAGCAGCUUUUUACAGUGAAGUGUGAACCAGCCCUCAGCCAGCCUCCAGAGUUCCUGGAGUUCAUGAAAGGUGUCGAAUAAAGGAUUCUACCAGAGGGGCCUCCUGUGCAUUUAUCAUGCAUUUGCUUUGAUUGAGUCAUCACUGAUAAGUCCAUUCCUGAAGACAUACCCCCAACUUUCCCCUGCAAAUAUUUUGAUUCAUGGUAGAGGUUAUAGAACAAGAUGUAAUUCAGAACGACUUUUCAAUAAACAUGUUUCCAUAAUCCUGUA